GCUUGCGCAGGCGCACUCUGCCGGCGCCGGGAGCGGCGGCGAGCUCUGCGGCUGCGCACUCGGCUAGCUUUACGACCGCCCUGCUUCACGGCAGCGGUGUUCGCGUCCCGACCUCGUUGCCGAGGUGACGGCGCGCGCGUGGGGCCGCAGAGAACGGCUCCCCAGGACCAAUGGCCGAGGCUGUUUUCCGCGCCCCCAAGCGGCGGCGGAGGGUCUAUGAGAGUUACCAGUCCCCGUUGCCCGUCCCCUUUGCACGGGCCUCUGGGCUGAAGGGAGAAUUCAGGAUGUGCCGUGCGGAAAUGAUCAGCAACAGCGUGGUGGUGAGGAGCCCAGAGGACAUCGAGCAGCUGUACGGGCAGGGCUAUUUUGGAAAAGGCAUUCUUUCCCGAAGCCGUCCCAGCUUCACCGGCUCCGACCCCCGCCUGGCCGCCAAGUGGAGAGACUUGAAGACAGACAUGCCUGUUAUCACAUCAGAAAAGUACAAGUGCCGCGUGCGGUGGGCCGCCCAGCUCCUGCGCCGGCAGGGCCGCGAUGAGGAGGACGUGUGUCGCCUCCUGGAGGACUUCACGCGGCCCCUCCAGUGUCCCACUGCAGCAGGGGCUGAAGACGGACCUCACCCCGAGAGGGUGUCCACCCGCCAGGGCACAGCAGGGAGUGAGGCGCCUUCCGGGAGGAACGGCGAGUCAGCUGGGGCGGCCGAUGGCCUUCAGCCGGGCUCUGAGCCCCCAUCGCAGCCUGCCAUCGGCCCAGGGGACCCGGAGCCUACAGCAGUAGAAGACACCGCUCCUCUGCCCCCAGCCAGCUUCCCUGAGCCCGGAGUCCUGCCCACAGCAGGUGACCCCCCGCCUGGGGAUGGCGCAUGCGGAGCAGAGCUCAGCCAGCCCCAGCAGGAGUACGUGCUCGUGGAAGAGGUGGUGUGUGAUGGAAACCCGAGUGAGAGUGAGGACGGCCCAGCCCAAGAUGGGGAGCCGAGGAAGCAGUUGGUCUGCAGAAGAAAUCCCUACAGAAUCUUCGAGUGUCUGCAGCUCAGCCUCGAGGAGGCCUUCUUCCUGGUCUAUGCUCUGGGCUGCCUCAGUAUUUACUAUGAGAAGGAACCUUUACCGAUAGUGAAGCUCUGGCAAGCCUUCAGCACAGUGCAGCCCACCUUCAGGACCACCUACCUGGCCUACCACCACUUCCGGAGCAAGGGCUGGGUGCCCAAAGUGGGGCUCAAGUAUGGGACGGACCUGUUGCUGUAUCGGAAAGGGCCUCCAUUUUACCACGCAAGCUACUCGGUCAUCGUGGAGCUGAUUGACGACCGCUUCCAGGGCUCCCUCCGCAGGCCGUUCACCUGGCGGGCGCUGGCAGCCCUGAGCAGAGUCUCGACCAAUGUCUCCAAGGAGCUUCUACUCUGCUAUCUGAUAAAACCCUCCACCAUGACUGACGACGAAAUGGCGUCCCCAGAAUGCAUGAAAAGAAUUCAAGUACAGUGGGCAAGAGAUGAGCACCAAGGAAUGAGGGGUUGGUGUCUGAAGACAAGCGCUCGCUCAAGCAAGAGGCCAACCUGGGAGGCGCCUGGCCUGACCGCAAGGGGCUUCCCCUCACUUGCUGCCCCUGACCUGCAGAAGGUAACUUGUGCCUUUGCCAUGACAGCAGUGAAACUGGGCGCUCCCUCCUCCUCCGCCUGGGAAGAGGGAAUCUGAACAUGAAUUCACACUGUGGCCCUCGAAGACCCAGCCCCAUGCAAAUAGGUUUCAUGGUUCCACAUGUUAAUUUGUUAGGCCCUG